GCAACCCCAACCGGCGGAAGCGGCCCGCGGCCGCGGGAGCGCUUCCGGGGUGGCGGCGGCAGCAGCAGUGGCAGUAUGACGUCGCUCCGGGCCUUCACCUGUGACGAUCUCUUCCGCUUCAAUAACAUCAACCUGGACCCGCUCACCGAGACCUACGGGAUCCCCUUCUACCUGCAAUAUUUGGCCCACUGGCCCGAGUACUUCAUUGUCGCGGAAGCUCCCGGCGGAGAGCUGAUGGGUUACAUAAUGGGUAAAGCAGAAGGCUCUGUGGCCAGGGAGGAAUGGCAUGGACAUGUUACUGCCCUCUCGGUUGCACCUGAAUUUCGCCGGCUGGGUUUGGCUGCUAAAUUGAUGGAACUACUGGAAGAAAUUUCAGAAAAGCUAUGGGUUAUUAUUUGGAAAUACGUUCAGAAGCUCUUCCUUACUUUCUUUUAUUUAUUUCUACAAAGAAAGGGUGGAUUUUUCGUGGAUCUCUUUGUGAGAGUAUCAAAUCAAGUUGCAGUAAAUAUGUAUAAGCAACUAGGCUACAGUGUGUACCGGACAGUGUUAGAGUACUAUUCUGCUAGCAACGGAGAGCCAGAUGAAGAUGCUUAUGAUAUGAGAAAAGCUCUUUCCAGAGACUCGGAGAAGAAAUCAAUUAUACCUCUACCUCAUCCUGUGAGACCAGAAGAUAUUGAAUAGCUGUAAACUGUGAUUCUCAGGCAACAUACUAAGAGCAUCAGAUUUCUUUUUCUCUUCCCCCUUGGGCUUAAAUGGAUGAGAAAGCUUAGGCUCAAUGUCCCCCCACCUCACCAUGAAACUUUAAAAGUAAUACUGAGAAGUUUGUUUAUUUACGCUGCUUCCCAGUUUUGCUUCCCAGUUUUACUUCCCAGUAGAUUUAAAUGUGGUACCACCAUAUUUUACAGUAAAUGUUAAAAAAAAAAAAAAAAAUGCAGACAGGAACUAAUUUUUAUUACUGAGCCUGAGAGUCACAGUUAAGCAAUUCUUAUUCAUCCCUCCUGUUUGAAAUGUUGAAGCUUGAAAAUCUUUUUUGAAAAAAAAUGGCUUAUACAAUACAGACAAA